CAGAGAGACACUUUUGGAUUAAAUGCUGAAAACAAAGAACUGAAGCUUCGGUUGCAAGCUUUGGAACAACAGGCACAUCUUAGAGAUGCUCUAAAUGAAACGUUGAGGGAAGAACUGCAGCGCCUUAAGAUUGAAGCAGGUCAAAUCCCAGCUGCAAAUGGAAAUAGAGGAACGCGUCCUCAUUUACCUCCCCAUCCACAGUCCUUUGCUCAAUGUGGUAAUCACCAUGCACAACAGCAGCAGAUUCCGCGUCCGACCACAAGUAACCAAACUGUCCCUGGGCAAUCUCCAAAUAGCUUCUUCAACUUCAACAGGGCUUGA